AAGAAGUUGUUUUAGGGCAAAAUUUUGCCCCAAUUCAAACGCGUGAACCCAUCCCCUUGCCCACGCCGAGUUGUUUUAGGGCAAAAUUUUGCCCCAAUUCAAACGCGUGAACCCGUCCCCUUGCCCACGCCACCAACACCUAGCUCCCUCCCCGGUCGCCGUCCUCCCUCUCCGGUCCCUCCCCGGUCGCCGUCUCUCUCUCUCUCGCUCUCGCUCUCCACGCCGUCGCCGCCGGUCGAGCCCACCACGUCCUCCCCAUUCGAGCCCGCCACCCUCCCCGUUCGAGCCCGCCGUCGCCGUCUCUCUCUCGCUCUCUAGCCCGGUCGAGCCCGCCACGGUCUCUCGCUCUCUAGCCCGAUCGAGCCCGGUCUCUCUCUCGCUCUCUAGCCCGAUCGAUCUCUCACGCCGUCGCCGCCGGUCGAGCCCGCCACCCUCCACGUUCGAGCCCGCCACCGCCGUCGCCCUCCCUCCGCCACCGCCGGCGUCCUCCCUCCCCGGAUUUUAUCUAGAUUCCCUGAGCUUAGAAUGAAGGCAGCUUCAAAGCGAGUCAAACGAGCAUACGAGGAUAGUGAAAGCAGCUUGGGAUCUGAGAGCGAUCCACAGAGCGAGAUGGAAUUGGAUCCUGCACAAUGGAAAAUGGAUGAUGAUGAUGAUGAUGCGAGUAAGAGUUUCUCCGAAGGAGAGAGCGAUCAAGAAAGUGAAAUGGAGGGAGAGGAUGAAGGAAGCGACCAAGAGCACAUUGAGGGGCAGAGAGAUGCAGAGAUGGAUGACCUUGAAAAGCAGUACCAUAGUCUUCGUAAUGAGGAGCAAAAUCUUUUGAAGAGUUUGAAGCGUCAUAAGGAUGAAGAUGCUCUAAAAGGACAAGCCGUGAAGAAUCAAAAGGCACUCUGGGACAGAACCUUGGAGCUCAGGUUCUUGCUGCAAAAAUCAUUUUCAAGUUCAAAUAGACUACCACAGGAACCUACUAGAUCCUUAUUUCACAAUUCAGAUGCAGUGGUUAAUCAAGCAUAUUUGGACCUAAUAUUGUCAUCCAAGCAGGCACUGAAUUGUAUGUUGGAGCUUCAGGAGGCUUUGAUUGAGCAAAAUCCUUUGAUUGUUCAAGGCGUAAAUGGAAACAGCAAAGAAUCCUGUAAGGAUGAAGACUGCUCUAAUAAUUUGAAGGGUGAGGAAGAUGAGGAGUGGCUACAAAUACACAGAAUGCAUCAAAGAAUAGCACAAUUCAGGAAUAACUCGGUAGACAAAUGGCAGAGGAAGGCACAGGUGACAACCGGUGCAGCUGCUUUUAAAGGCAAAUUGCAUGCAUUCAAUCAGAACAUUAGUGAGCAAGUAGCUGGUUACAUGAGGGAUCCGAGCAGAAUGAUUAAGAGGAUGCAAUUAAGCAGGUCUUCUGUUGGCAUGUUUGGAAAAGUUCCUGAGGAGGUUGAAAGUAGAAAAGAAGAGGAUGGGGAUGUGGAUGGAGAUCCUGAACUUCUGGAUGACUCUGAAUUUUACCAGCAACUCCUGAAGGAAUUCUUAGAGUCAUGCAAUGAUGCAUCAUCUGAGACAACAUUUUAUGCUUUGAAAAGAUUGCAGACUAAGAAACGCAAGGUAGUUGACCGUCGUGCUUCCAAGAGCCGCAAGAUAAGGUACAAUGUUCACGAGAAGAUUGUUAAUUUCAUGGCUCCAGUGCCGAUGGUUCUUCCUCCUAUGGCCCCAAAAUUAUUUGAAAACUUAUUUGGCAUGGGAAAUCAGAAGUCAGCCGCUGUAGUUUAAUCUAGCUGUGGGGAUGCCAUGAGAUGCAGCAAUCAUUAAACUGCAGUACUUGUGCCUCCUCUCCCUAGGAAGUGUGAUGUAGCAAUUUGUUAUAUAUAGAUGUGUAAUAAAUUUAAUUAUUUUUAAGAUGCUGUCGGUGCCAACUAGUUUUGCUUCUGUCAGUUCUGUGCUAUCACCUGUGAUUGAACUAAUGAUAAGUUGCACCUCUAGUGGGCAUAGGUAAGGCUGGCUUCUUUAGAAGGAUUCCAAGUGUACUUUGGGGUUUAACUUCUUUGAAUGAAAGACCUAAGAAAAAUUUCAUUUCCAGACA